CCUACCGAGGCCCGCACCAAAACCUUUAUCCUAGAGGAGUAUCACACAGACCAAACCCGACACGCACCACAGUCUAACUCGGCUCAGCGGACCGCAAAGAUGUGGAAGUUUCUGCUCGUCAUGGCGGCUGUGAUCGUCUGGCCGGGAUCCGCACAAGGUAGAUCUGCGAUUUGUGACCAAGUGUACCUGACCAUGAUUGACAAUUGGUCCUUUUGGAAGAUUCGUGCGACAGGCCCGAUGACUAAUGCCAACGUGAAGGCCACGUGUGAAGCGGCGGGGAUGAGGUACCCGUGUUACCGGUCAGGUGCGGAUGAUGGGUGUACUGGCGUGUGGGCCUCAGACUGCAUCACGUUUCACCAUGCCGAAUGUACUACACUUCGUGCUCUCUCGAGUGAACUGUGUGGACACACGGACGGGUACGGCGAACAUUGCCAGCCGCUUGAUGACACCUUUGUGUACAUGCCUUACUAUUGGAGUGAUGACAGCGCUUUCGGAGUGGACUACGACACUCACACCACCUUGCAAGGAGCGAACUACAACGACAUGUACGCACUGUGUGCAGUCGCUACAUGUGCCAGGUCUCCAUGCGCAUACGGCACCUGUACUGAUGAUGGCGGGAGUUACACCUGUAGCUGUGAGAACGGUUGGACUGGGCAGGACUGUGAUCAAGCUGAUGAGUGCGCGUCCUCCCCCUGUGCCCACGGCACCUGUACUGAUGAUGGUGGGAGCUACACUUGUAGCUGUGAGAACGGCUGGACAGGACAGGACUGUGAUCAAGUCGAUGAGUGCGCGUCCUCCCCCUGCGCACACGGGACCUGUGUUGAUGGAGUGGGGAGCUACACCUGUAGCUGUGAGACCGGAUGGGAAGGAGUCAACUGUGAUCAAGAUAUCGACGAGUGCGUGAGCAGCCCCUGUUGGCUGGGAGGGACCUGUCUGGAUCACGUGAACGGCUACAGCUGCGUCUGUCCUAAAGAUACCACCGGCAAGAACUGUGAGACUGUGACUUUUGCGGGGGAAUGUUACCAGUUCUCGACCUCAGCUGUGACCCACCGAGACGCCACCCAGGCCUGCAGUACCACAAACAGUCACCUGGCGGAUAUGAAAGACGCACAGCAGCAACAGUUCCUGGCCAGCACAAUCGCGGCCACCACCGGCGUGUCCAACUGGCUGGCCAUGAAAACCGCGCCGAUUCCAAUGUUCUACAGUGAUGGGACUCCUGUUAUGGCUCCCCUCCAGUGGUUGAACGACGAACCUUCGACCCCGUUGGACCUGUGUGUUCUCCUGGACAGCUCUAACAGCUACAGAGCAAAAGCAACUUUCUGCACGGAGCAGCACAACUACGUCUGUCAGGAUGCUCUUAAACCAUGUGAGCCAAACGUGUGUCAGAACGGCGGAAACUGCACCUCCUGUUUCGGCGGCUCCACCACCUUCUGUGACUGUCUGGAGGGGUACGGAGGAAAGCUGUGUGAAAUCAACAUUGACGAGUGCGCCUCUGGCCCGUGCCAAAAUGGCGGGAGUUGCUAUGACGACAUCAACUCCUACACCUGCCAAUGUCCAAUCGGUUACCAAGGAGACCACUGCGAGUCAGACAUGGACUGGUGCUCCAAUAUGCAGUGUCCAAAUGGUUUCAUCUGCCAGGACUUUACUUUCUACUUCAUCUGCGCCCACCCAUCUUCCACCACCCGGGGGCUGCCGUACCAGUGCAGCAGCGUCUCCUGUCCGGAUGGCAUGAACUGCACCCCUGAGGGCGUGGCAGCCUUCUCAUGCAGGCCUGAGUGAUGUCACAACAGGGCCUCCGACUUGACAAUGACCAGCCAACAUGGCUGCUUCAUGCGCGGCUUGAAACUGCUUUUUGUGCGUGAUUUAGGGCCUACCUUUAGAGUCUUACUAGAGAUAAAAGCAGCACAUAGAGAUAGAAGACGUUAGAUCAAUAAAGCACCAGCAGCAAAAAUCAUA